AUUCAAUUCAAUCCUCCAUCUUCCUAACCCAAAGGGGUGAAAACAGAGGGCAGGCAAAUAUAUAAAUAAAAAUAUGGCAAAAUCGUGUGCUAUCAUUCUUGUUUCUGCCCUUUGCUUUCUGUCCUUCCUCGACAUCGCCCUCUCCUCCAAGGAUCGCUUCUUCAUCGAGGGAAAGGUGUAUUGCGACACUUGCCGAAUCCAAUUCUUCACUCGCGUCAGCAAAUACUUGCCCGGGGCUAAGGUGAAGUUGGUAUGUCGGGAGGAGGCGAAUGCCGGAAACGAGACAUUCACCGGGGAGGCGGUGACGGACAAGAACGGAGUUUACAAAAUAGAGGUGGACGGAGACCAUGAGGAGGAGAUUUGCGAAGUGUCAUUGUUGGAGAGUGGGGAUAAGGGAUGCGGUGAGAUUCCUACGGAUGGUUAUGGACAUUUUGCGAGAGUUAGCAUUACUGGUAACAAUGGUAUUAUCGAUCCAGUUCGUCAAGCUAACCCACUUGGAUUCAAGAAGAAGGAGGCUCUUCCACAGUGCAAAGAGGUUCUUCGGGAGCUUGGUUUUGAUGAUGCUGGCAUUCUUGUUUAAUUUCCAACCCUAAAACCCAAUUGAUUAAUUCAUUCAUACUCUUCAAAAUACAUUUUGCUUUUUGUUUUUGUAUUGAGUGAGGCCUGUUGUUUGGCAAGGUUUGUUACAUACCCUUGUAAGCCCUCUUUCUAACUACUCUAAAAAACAAUUCCUUUUGACGACCUUCAA